AUGGAGAAAGCAGUAGUGUUUUUGUUAGUGAGUCUCGCAGUUAUCGCAUCAGCGAAACCAUACGAACCAGCUCGUAAAACAUCCGCACCCGAUCAGCUGUCGUUGUAUCCAUGGUACGAACGUAAUUUCUUGUACGGAACUGACCGCAUUCCCAAGGAAUACUUAGACCGCCUGUUUGGUGAACGUGUGAAGGAUUCGUCAGUGGACCUGCCACCGGUUGUGCAUAUGCCCGAUGAAGUACCAAACGAUCUAAUUGGUAACGAGGAAGAACAGCGUGAAGAACAGCCGAUCGAUGCGCAGCCAAUCGACCAUGAGAAAUCUCCUGAGUCUCCAAUAGAUCGAAUCGAUAACGAGCAAGAACAGCGUGAAGCACAGCCGAUCGAUGGGAAGCCAGUCGACGAUGAGAAAGACCCUCAAGAACAACCGAAAGACGAGAAGCAUGAAAAGCCAGCAGCAGAUAAACAAUCUCCCGAUGCUCCUAUUGAUGAGAAAGAAAGCCACGAUGGCAUCGAAGAAGAUCGAGAAAAGCCUGAACAACCGGACCAAAAACCAAAGCAGGACGAUAAGGAUAAGGAACAACAGCAGGAUGGAAAAGGAGAAAAACCAAACGCAAAUCGUGAAACAGGAAAGGAUUCAGCUAGGCACGAAAAGCGUCCUAAACCGGGACAUUCUGUGAUUCCUAAGUCCGCGAAGAAGGGAAAUCGUCCAGCUAGGGAGAAGCCAUCUAAUGAUCUCGCUCCCCGUGAUCGUCCAUCACCGCAGCAGCCAGGAAAGGAAGCCCGGCGUGAUGGUCCUUCUCAACCACCCCCACGUAAGCCGGAGUCACCUUUGGUGCAAAUCAACGUAAAUGUUGCUGCACCUGUUUACUGA